AUGAACUUUAUUGAAUUACAUUACUCUAUUGAGUACUACUUUGCGACCACUGAACUUCAUGAAAAGGACUGUCUCGAGUAUUUCAAAAGAUGCACCAAGAAGAAUGAAAUUAGAACUAUUGCUUCAAAAAUAGUCAAGGUUCUAAAAGAAAAAGAUGUCCUCAGAAGGUUCAAGGCGUUGAUUUUGUUGCACACUCUAUCACAAUUGGAAGAGUCAACAAUAUUUUCACAAAUUGAGUCUUUUGGAAAUGAAAAAAUGGAUGCUGAGUUUCUUGUCCAGUCAACCAAACUGGUUUAUUGGGAACAUAUAUAUGAUGAAAUUCUAUUGACUGAGGAGUCACUAAGAAGAAAAUAUGAAUUUUUGAAUGGGUCUUUUGCAAUCAACAGAGGAGAAGUGAUUCCACAACAAUUUAGAACACCACGGUUUUGCGAAGACUUUGAGAAGGAUGUUUUAUACCUUUUUGGAAUAAUAAAUGACUUCGUAAUGCAAAAGAUUAAAAGUGGAGCAGAAAACAGUUACCUUCAAAAGGCGUGUGAACUUUGUAUUAAAGAUAUGGUCUGUUUGUAUGAACUUGUUCUCAAUUUGGACAACUACAAGUCGCUUUUGAAUGAAAGUAUACUCAAUACUGAACGUGCAUCUUCAUGCCAAAAACAGCUUCUUUUUAUUAAAACUGAAAUGAAAAAGAAGAACGAAGACAAAGGACAACUAAACCGAAUUCCACAAAUCACAGAAUACAAGAAAAGUGUUACUAAGUUCUCUUCGUUUAUCAAAAAGUUCCCACUGGCUUCAAAGGGUAUUAAAUACGACAGUUCUAGACUUGGAGAUGAUGAGACUGCUGGAAUUGUUAAUAUUUUACUUUUAAAUUAG